AUGCUCAAAUCUCAAAGUCUCAUUAAGGCCAUACGCAAAUAUCGAAUGACCUUCGAUAAUAAGUAAUAUUAAUCAUGGAAAUGGCAUAACUAUACUUAGUGGGCCGAUCUUUCAUUCAGACCCUUAAUUAUUAUGUAGAUCAUUUUUAUCAUCAUUAAAUUAUCAACUGUAGCCAAUAAUACACUAUUGUGGAUCAUUUUUGGAGCUCAAAUUUUUGUUCAUUUUAUCCUCUUUUCAUUUGUUCCGAAAAUCAUUUACAAAGAAUCAAAAUUUUUAUAGAUUGUACCUCUAAUCUAAUAGGAAUGCUUUUGUAUACUUUGUUACUUUGUUUUAAAUGAAAGUUACCUUAUGUUUUACACUGCUAUUUGUGUCAUCUUUCAAAGCAUGUACUCCACAAUCUUAUGUAAAUUAUUUGCUCUUGCCAUCUUUUUUAUUUAAACUUUCUUCCUUUCCAAUAUAUCAUCUUUUGAAGGAUUAUAUCUAACUCUCUCUCUAAUGAUUAUGUAAAUUAUCAGAAAAGAACUUUAAUAAUUGCAGCAUUUCAUCAAUUUAUAAGCCUUAUUUUUAAUUAUUGAUUCUACACCUUAAGCUAUGUGUAUUGCACAUAAAGAUAAAAAUUGGUUACUCUAUUCAAAUAAGGUAUUUGAUAAUUUAGCUUAAAAAUUGGAGAGUACAAAUCAAUCAGAAACUGAUUAAUCUCCAGAAAAAACAACUUCUAACAACUUGACUAAAAAUUAAUUAACCUUUUUGUAAAAUCUAUAACUGGAUGAAUUAAAUAAUAAUCAAAAAUCUGCUCAAUUUGAUUUGGAUGAUGAUGAUCUAUACAUUGAGGAUCAAUAUAAAAUAAAGAAUGUAAUAUAUAGUAAAGAUAAAAAUACAAUAUAAUCUUCAAGAGCAUUUUUUUAUGAUACUCCAACAGAUAGACCUAAAAAUCAUGUAUAAUUUUAAAAGUUUUUCCAAUCAUUUAAGAAUCCUGAAGAUGAAUCUAUAAUAAAAAAGACUUUUACAUCUGAUGUAGCAAUGAAAAUUGAAGUUAACAAUCCUCCUUAAUAACAUUUGACAUCAGCAGGUAAGAAGAGUCCACGUAAAAAAUCAAAUAUUCCAAAUAUAAAAGUACCUAAACCAUAUAUGACUCCAAGUCGAAAAAUAUCAGCAGAUUGUUUAUUGAAUAGUAAAGAAAAUAGAAGUUCAGGUCAUAAAUAAUCUUUAUUAGAUUAAGAAGGAAAUUUGAUUAAUAAAACAAAACCUAUAUAUGUUCACAAAAUGAAAUUCUUAAUUAAUGUAUUAGAAAACUGUAAAUUUUUUGAUAAUGAUGAUGAAUUGUAAAUAUAUUUUAUUCAUGAGGUAAAUUAAAUUCUGUUAAGAGCGAAAUUAAAAAAAUUAGAAUCAAUAAAAAAAAAUUUGUUAAGAUCAAUAUCUCAUGAAUUAUUAACAAAUUUCAAUGCAGUCUUCGGAUUUAUAAAGCAAAGUUAGGAUAGAUUACUAAAGUAGGAAUCUUGUCAUUUGUAAUUAGAAUAGGCAUUAAGUUACACAAAAUUACAACUUUAUAAGAUAUAUGAUUUUUUUGAUUAUAGAGAUAUUUUGGAGGAUAGUUUUUAAUUGAAAUAAGAUAAAUUUGAUAUUAAUACAGUAAUUUUGGAAUGUGUAGAUUUGUUUAGAAAUCAGAUUGAGAGGAAAUCUUUAUUGAUAAAUGUAGAAUUGCCUGAAACAUCUUAAAUAAUAAGUGGAGAUAGACAAAGAUUGUGUUAAGUAAUUUUAAAUUUGAUAGGGAAUUCUAUUCGAUUUACUUAUUAAGGAGGGAUUAGUAUAAUAGUUCAAAAAUAAGAAUACAUAGAAUCUAUGGUAGGAAUAGAUGUAAAUUCUGCAAUUUAAGAAGAUAAUAAUAAUUUAAUUGAAGUAUAGGUGAAUGAUACAGGAAUAGGUAUGACAGAAGAUGAGUUAAGCAUUUUAAGAAAAAAGGUAUUGCUAUAAAUUAGAGUAGUUACACUUAACUGAUGAAGAUGAAAAGGUAUCUAAACAUUCAGUAGGAAUUGGAUUAGGAUUGUCAGUUAGUAAAUAGAUAAUAAAAUUAAUGGCUCCAAAGAAUUAAAAUUAUCUUUCUGUUGAAUCAAUUAAAGAUGAAGGAACUCGAUUUAAUUUUCUAUUGAAUUAUUAUGAAGAAUCAAAUCAAAAUUCUAAUUUCUUAUAAAGAUCUAAUAAUCAUACUGUACCAUUUUUAGAUGCACAAAGUACUUAAUAAGUUCGUGUUAUGAAUUAUAAUAAAUGUAAUAAUAUACAAAUCACAGAUAAAGUUGGUUAAUCAGAAAUGUAGAUAGAUAUACUUUUAAAUUCAUGUAAUUGUAAAAUUGCUUUGAUUGUUGAUGAUGAAGAAUUUAAUAUAGAAGUUCUUUCUCAUAUGGUUAAAUAAUUAGGAUUUGAAAUAGAUUCUGCAUUUAAUGGUAAAUAAGCCUUAGAAAAAGUAUAAACAUAAUUACUUAAAAGAUGUAAUUAAUUCAAUUGUGUUGGAUAUAAUUGUAUCUUAAUGGAUAUUAAUAUGCCAAUGAUGAAUGGAUGGGAAACUGUGUAAAGAAUUAGACAAAUUGAAAAUGAAAUUCAUCUAACCAGAACUAUUCCUGUUAUUGCAGUUACAGGUUUCUGUAGUAUUAAAGAUUAAUAAAAGAGUAUUAAUGAAGGAUUUAAUAGUGUUUUAAUUAAACCAGCUACAAAAGAAAAGUUAAUAGAAACUUUUAAUCGACUCUGUAUCUGAUUAUUUAUUAUUAUAUUUACUCUUUAAGUUGUAAAUUAUAGAAUGUUAAAUUAAUAUUCACAACAUUUAUAUUAAUAAAAUUAACAAUGUCAUCACUUGUUAAAAAGUCAAAGGAUACAUACGAUUUAUUGAUCAAACUAUUACUCAUUGGAAAUUCUGGAGUUGGCAAAACAUAAAUAUUGCUGAGAUAUACAGAAAAUCAAUUUAAAACUUCAUGUCUAAGUACAAUAGGUAUUUUUCAACACUUUCCAAUCUAUAAGGAAUCGAUUUUAAAAUCAAAAAAAUAUAAGUCGAUGAUAAAGUAAUCAAAAUGUAAAUUUGGGAUACUGCUGGAUAAGAACGAUAUUAAACCAUUACUUAAACAUAUUACAAAGGAGCUAUGGGAAUUAUACUUGUCUUUGCUGUCAAUGAUUAAGAAACUUUUAAUGAUAUCGAUAAAUGGAUGAAUCAAAUCAAAUAGCAUGCAAGUGACAAUAUCAUUAAAGUAUUAAUAGGUUAAUUUAUAAUAUUAUUAUUAUCAUUAUUUUAGGAAACAAAACAGAUCUUCCAGAUAGAUGCAUUACUUAUGAUUAAGCUCUCAAAUUAGCAUAAAAAUAUAAUAUACCUUACUUUGAAACUAGUGCAAAGGAUGGAAUUAAUAUUAAUGAUACUUUUUUAUAAAUUGCCAAACUUGUCAAAGAAUAAACAGAAAAACUUCCAUAACAAUAAAAUCGUUCAUUCAAUAAAUUAAGUCCAACUUAAAAUCAUGAUUAAUAAAAAUAGGAUUAGCCUAUGUGUUGUUGA